AUUAACAACGCCGACUGAGCUAGCCACUUCCAAUACGAAGGCCGAACAGAGUUUCCCUCUUUUCAAUUUUUCUCUGCAGAGAAUGGGAAGAGACCGAAGACGAAGAAAAUCACAUGACUCCGACUCCGAUUCCGAUUCCGAUUCCGACAGGCGCCACGGAAGCAGUCCCCGCCGCUCUCGGCGGGACUCCGACGGCGAUAAAAAGAAGAAGUCCUCGAGGACUAUCACAGAUGAGGAAAUUACGCAGUACAUGGCCAAAAAGGCCCAAUCGAAGGCAAUGAAAGUCGCUAAAAAGUUGAAAACUAGUACGGUAUCUGGUUAUUCAAACGAUUCCAAUCCCUUUGGUGACUCUAAUCUCAACGAGAAGUUUGUUUGGCGCAAGAAGAUUGAGCGUGAUGUUUCUCAAGGCGUGUCUAUUGAUACGUUUUCAGUUAAAGCAGAGAAGAAUAGACAGAGGGAGAGGAUGGCAGAAAUAGAAAAAGUGAAGAAACGAAGAGAGGAAAGGGCACUUGAGAAAGCACGACAUGAGGAAGAAAUGGCAUUGCUUGCCAGAGAACGUGCUCGAGCUGAGUUUCAGGACUGGGAAAAAAAAGAAGAGGAGUUUCAUUUUGAUCAAAGCAAAGUUAGGUCAGAAAUCAGAUUGCGUGAAGGGCGUGCCAGACCAAUUGAUGUCUUAACCAAGCAUCUCAAUGGUUCUGAUGAUUUGGAUAUAGAAAUAAAUGAACCAUACAUGGUCUUCAAGGGUUUGACUGUUAAUGAAAUGAAUGAGCUACGUGAUGACAUCAAAAUGCAUCUGGACCUUGACAGGGCAACGCCAACACAUGUAGUAUAUUGGGAGGCACUCCUUCUGGUGUGUGACUGGGAGCUAGCUGAAGCCCGAAAAAAGGAUGCACUUGAUCGAGCUAGGGUGCGUGGAGAAGAACCUCCUGCUGAGCUGCUUGCAGAAGAAAGGGGUCUGCAUUCCAGUGUUGAACCAGAUGUGAAGAAGCUUCUGCUGGGGAAGACACAUGCAGAGUUGGAGGCUUUACAGGUUCACAUUGAAUCAGAAAUGCGUACUGGUACAGCAAAGGUGGUUGAAUACUGGGAGGCCAUUUUAAAACAUCUCCACAUUUAUAAGGCCAAGGCUUGUUUAAAGGAAAUUCAUGCUAAAUUGCUACGUAAGCAUUUGCAAUGUCUUGAGCAACCAUUGGAGGAUGAAGAUAAAUUAGAGAAUGCUCAUGAUAUGAUACCUGAGGAGGAGGAAGGUACUGAAGAUGAUAUUAAAGUCCGAUCUGCCGAUGAAUCAUUCUCACCAGACCCUGUUAGAGAGGAUCAAGAAGCUGAAGAUGAGGCUGGAUCAUUUUCACCCCAACUGUUGCAUGGUGAUGAAAAUGAGGAAGCUGUUGACCCUGAAGAGGACAAAGCUAUGCUGGAGCGGAAUCGCAAGGCUGUAUUAGAAGAGCAGCAAAGACGAGUUCAGGAAGCAAUGGCAUCAAAGCCAGCUCCUUCUGAAGAUAAUUUUGAGAUGAAAGCCUUAAAAGCUAUGGGGGAUAUGGAAGAUGGAGAUGCUGUGUUUGGAUCUGGUGCUGAAGUGAAUUUGGAUUCUCAGGUUUAUUGGUGGCAUGACAAAUACAGGCCUAGGAAGCCAAAGUAUUUCAACCGGGUUCAUACUGGAUAUGAGUGGAACAAAUAUAAUCAGACUCACUAUGAUCAUGACAACCCACCUCCAAAGAUUGUGCAAGGGUACAAAUUUAAUAUUUUCUAUCCUGAUCUUGUAGACAAAACAAAAGCCCCAAGUUACACCAUUGAGAAGGAUGGCAGCAACGGGGAGACUUGCAUUAUAAGAUUCCAUGCAGGGCCACCAUACGAAGACAUAGCUUUCCGCAUUGUAAACAAAGAAUGGGAAUAUUCUCAUAAAAAAGGCUUUAAGUGCACAUUUGAACGUGGAAUUCUGCAUGUGUACUUCAAUUUCAAACGCCAUCGCUACCGCAGAUAAUUUCACAAGAGGCAAUGGUUCGCUUUCUAUGAACUUCCCCCUACUUGGAAGGCUGUGGCUGCCAUUUUUAAGCAUACAUUUUAUGCCAUGGUUCACCAGAGAUAGAUGGCCAGGAAUUUUACAAAAGAUAGAUUGAGACUAAGAAGUUCUAAGGUACUAUUAGAUUGAUACUCCUACCGUUUAAAGUUUGAUCUAAAUCUUUUGUGCUAUUUAUGGAGAUAGUGUAGUUAUGUUGUUCUGAUCUAGUAAUUAUGUUUAAAUGGAUUCAGUGCAGUACUCCUGUGCAUAAGAAUAUCGAGAUUAAAGGGUCUUUCCAGAUGGUGAGAGACUAAUUACAUGUCUUUUCUUGUGUAGUUCACCCAACUCUCAACUCUGAAUCCUGUCCAGAUUAUCUAGGCUUUCUUGAGAGACUAAUUACAUGUCUUUUCUUGUCGUUCCUGAGCGAAUAGAAAUUCGAACAGUUGAUUUUUUCAAGAUCCAUCA